AUGGACGCGGAGCACCAGGCUCUGGUUGAGAAAGGCAAGAAGACACAAGCCGAAGUCGAUUCCAUGAUUCAGCUUGCAAGCGAAGUUCAGUAUCGUAUUCUAACGAAACAGCUCCAUCCGGUCAUGAGGACGUUUUACAACCGAACUGCGUUCCAGCUCCCAGGAGAUCCUCGUGUACGGAUAUCACUUGAUACGGAACUCACCAUGGUCCGCGAAGACAACUGGGACGGACAGACGCGUACUGGCGAUAACUGGCGGCGAACCGACAUUGGGAUCGACCAUCCUUUUGACCAGGUGUUAGCGGCGGAUAAAGAGCUUUUCAAGUGUGUUUCGCUUAUUGAGCCAUUUCGUAACAUGCUCACGUUCGUCAAGGUAUGGGGUUUUAGAAGUCAAACUUCAGACUCAGUUUGGACAAGAGCCUCCCAAGUGGAUGACGGAUCUGGUCCGUCACAUCUUGUCGAAGCUGUUCCCAAGUUCAGCAAAUUCAUCCGUGGCUGCGCUACCUCACUGCCUAAUCGCGUAGAUCUCGUGCCGUUCUGGCUGCCUCAAAUGGACACGGAUAUCCUCAAGCUCAAUACUGGAUACCUCACAGUCGAGCGUCCGACAAAGAGUACUCCUGAAUUUCAGUCCGGUAUUCUCUCGUCCAUCUCGCCCGUUUUGCCGGUACACUCCUAUGUUGAGCCUGUCUCUGAAGGGGAGGAAGAUGAAGAGAUGGACUUGGCGCCUGCUAGAGACGAGUUUCGGCGCACGGGGUUGCCGCAUGAGGACGUUGCGGCUGCUAUCGCGUUUCGUGAAAAGUCGCUCAAGGAACGUGAACCUGCAUCUCAGUCGAGGGGGAGCACUCCUGAAGUGGUAUACGAUGAACGCACGCCAUUGUUGAAGCUGCCACAGCCUCCGAGGGCGGAGAGGAAUGUGUCGAUUGACCCGCUUGCGCCGUCUUCUGCGUUCGAUGAGCGUCUGCGUGAGCGUUUACAGGCGAAUAAGAAUGUGCCGCCGCGUGUACAGGAUGGUGAGGUGCAGGAGGCUGUAGGGCUGGACGAGGAAAAUCUGUGGGAGGAGGACCGUUUAUUAGUGAGAGACUGGUGUGCGUCAUCUGGCAAGCGAAUUGCAGUGCCUGUUCGUAUCGAGCCCAAGGUGUAUUUCGCAAACGAGCGCACGUUCUUGAAAUGGCUGAGCUUUGCGGUGCUGAUCGGCACUAUCGCUACGACGUUAUUGAACUUCGUACCUGCAGAUGAUCCACGGGGCCUGAUCAGUGCUGCGCUGUUCACUCUGGCUGCGCUGCUCGCGAUCGCCUAUUCGGCGAUCAUCUUCGUGUACCGAGCGCUUCGUCUGCGUGCCCGAUCGGCGGAAGGGCUUUAUUAUGACAAGUACGGACCGACUAUUCUUUGCUUUGUGCUGUUGGCUGCGCUGGGAACCAACAUUGGGUUGAGGGUGGCAGAUAUGUGA